GAUCAUUAUUAGUGAUGAAUAUUCUGCACAUUAUAUCCAACAAAUGGAAGUGUUGACCGCAACCAUUGCAGACAAAACCAAAAUCACACAAAUUGUGGACUUUUUGUCCAAAACUAUUCCUCUGAAAGACUUCAAUCACUUGAAGAGAGUUAAGUCGAAAGACAACUCUUUUGAAGUAAUUGUUUGUUUGAAUGAUAAGCUAAACAAACCAUUACUCGAAGAGAUUAACGACUUUCUGUCGCAAAACAAUUUACUUCCGGUGAAGACAACGAUUGUGGCAAAGAAUGCGCCGAAGAAUCAGAUUCAAUACGAAUUGAGUACAAAGUUAUGGCCAAUCAGUUAUCAUCCAAACAAAUAUAUUGAGAAGUGUUUGAAUUCAACACUAUUUGACUCAAAGGCCAGACAAACAAUAUUUGAGUUCAUAUUAAAAGUGAGCGAA